CUUGUGGGAGAGUCUAGCUGCCAGCUCAGCCCUGCUAGGCUGGGGCAAUGUAAGGUGGUGUCAGCGACUGGAAAUUAGGGACAAGGGAAUUUGGCAUUUAUUACACGGCAGCAGCUGUAGCUGGUUGUUUCAGCACAAGGGGCAGAGUCCACGAGCAGGGAGUGAGCUGCCAUUAGGCACAGGAAAAGGGAGAGAGGGAGGGAGAGUGAGGAGAUAAGAGGCACAAGGAGAAAAGAGACAGUGACAAGCAGCCAGAGCAGAUUUUGUGGGAAAUCGAACCAAGGAAGAGAGCUCUCGAGUAAGCUGUGGGCUUUUUUCUCUCUCAUCCUGGCCACACGUUGCUGGAAUAGGAAACGGUGUGUACAUUACCUCAGUUAAUCCCUUCUGCCUUCACUCCAAAGAGGACUCGAUAGCCAUGGUGAAAGAAAAAGUGGCACAUCCUCAAGAGCCUCACCACCCUGCUGAGAAGCCAGUUAUCCAUUGCCAUAAAUGUGGGGAGCCAUGUAAAGGCGAAGUGCUUCGUGUCCAGGCCAGACACUUUCACAUCAAGUGUUUCACCUGCAAAGUGUGUGGCUGUGACCUGGCACAGGGAGGCUUUUUCAUUAAGAACGGGGAGUACCUCUGCACGUUGGAUUACCAGCGCAUGUAUGGAACCCGCUGCAACGGCUGCGGUGAAUUUGUUGAAGGAGAAGUAGUGACAGCUCUGGGCAAAACCUACCAUCCGAAUUGCUUUGCCUGUACUAUUUGCAAGCGCCCAUUUCCACCAGGAGACCGAGUUACCUUUAAUGGAAGGGACUGUCUCUGUCAAAUGUGUGCUCAACCAAUGUCAUUCAGUCCGAAAGAGGUGUCCAGCACCAGCAACUGUGCUGGCUGUGGAAGAGAUAUAAAAAACGGACAAGCGCUACUAGCACUGGAUAAGCAGUGGCACCUGGGAUGCUUUAAGUGCAAGGCCUGUGGGAAGGUUCUGACUGGGGAAUACAUCAGCAAGGAUGGUGUCCCUUAUUGUGAAAAGGAUUAUCAGGUUCUCUUUGGAGUCAAAUGUGAAGCGUGUCACCAGUUCAUCACAGGGAAGGUCCUGGAGGCAGGUGACAAGCAUUACCAUCCGAGCUGUGCACGAUGCAGCAGAUGCAACCAAAUGUUCACAGAAGGAGAGGAAAUGUACCUGCAAGGUUCCACUGUCUGGCAUCCCGACUGUAAGCAAUCCACGAAGGCAGAAGAUAAGCUCCGGCAUUCCUCAUCUGAAUUCUUUUACCCUAAGAGUCUGGUUCUGCGGAGACCACGCUCUGCGGAGCUGUUGUCACCGCCUUGCAUAAUGAACUCGAUCAAAAAACUAAGGCAGGUACUGUAAAUACUGGCAGUGUCCUAUAGAAUAGUAGUGCAUCCCUUUGGUCCAGAUGUUCAUGGGAUCACUUCUGAUCUGGUUUGCCUGCCCCCAUAUCUUCCUAUAGAGCAUGACUGAACAUCUGUAAUAUAGAGAACCUCUGCCAUCACAUUGCCUCAUCUGGACGAUGUGGAUGGCUCAAAUGUCUGUCUCUUUUUUUCCCCUUUAAAUACAUGAUCUGUUUUAAUGAUGUGUAAUGCAUGAUGAGAUGAAUUCGGUAUUCAGGUAAAUCAAAUGGAUCAGCCUAAGCUUUGUAAACUAAUAUUAAAUAAGCUGAUCAAGUUGGGGUGUAUGUAUGAGUGAUAUAAUUGGUAUGGAUGGGGAGACCCCAACAGGAUCACCAUCAAAAUAGUACAAUAGUUGAUGUUACUCCUGCUAGUCAACAAAUGAAGGGAAUUAUGUCCUUGUGCAUUGGAAACAAAGGCGUGAAAAGAGGAACUAGAAAUAAAAGAUUUCUGAAGGAAUGAAAAACUUUAAUGAUAUGAAUACCUGCUUUGUGAUUUGAUUCCAUCUUUUAGAUCACUUGAUGAUAUGCAUGGAUUUCUCUUUGUUCAUAUGUGUUAUUAGUGUUCCAGUAUUCAGUACAGGCACUCCGAAUUUUGGGGCACAGCGGAGCUCAGGAAGAAGAAGAGACACAGGGGAGGAGACAGAUCUUCCCCUCUUAGAAAAGUAGGGUAAAGACUAUAACAAUAGCAGAAAAAGGAGAUUAAUAGAAGCACCUACUGUAUUGCUGCUUUAGACUACUUCAAAUGCAGACAACUUGUAUUGGAGAUCCCAGUCCAGUU